UCUUUCUCGUGUUUAGUUAGGGCUGUUGACAUUUUCUCUAUCCUUCACCCCCAGUUGUAGAGAGCUCGGCAUCUCCUAGCCUGGCGCAGGAGAGGCGCGCAGGGUAACUGUGUGGCGAGGCUUCCCAUUUUCUUCGAGUGCCCGCUGUGCUCUGCGGGAGGAAUGCCCUGCCGCGGAGCAGGCUUGGGGCGGGAGUAGGAGCUGCUGCCAUGUUGGAGGAGCAAAGAGGAUUUGAGUGAGGGAGAAAAUGGCGGUGAGGAAUCGCCCGGCUCCGUUCACCCCGCACCGGGAUCAGAAUGCCUAAGUCAAAGGAACUUGUGUCUUCAAGCUCAUCUGCCAGUGAUUCAGAUAGUGAAGUUGACAAAAAGGCAAAGCGGAAAAAGCAAGUAGUUCCAGAAAAGCCCGUAAAGAAACAAAAGCCUGGUGAAAGUUCAAAAGGUGCAGCUUCUUCUAAGCAAAGCAGUAACAGAGAUGAGAAUAUGUUUCAGAUUGGCAAAAUGAGGUAUGUCAGUGUUCGUGACUUUAAGGGAAAAGUCUUAAUUGAUAUUAGAGAAUAUUGGUUGGAUCAAGAAGGUGAAAUGAAGCCUGGCAGAAAAGGUAUUUCUUUAAAUCCAGAACAGUGGAACCAGCUGAAGGAACAGAUUUCGGAUAUUGAUGAUGCAGUAAGAAAACUGUAAAUACAGAGCUAUACAGAAACCUUUUAUCAUUUUAGUUGUUUUGUCGUAUUUCAUUGGCAUUUGUUUUCUAAAAUAUUGUUUUCCAAGCUAUUGUAUAUUUGGAUUUCAAAAUGAUUUAUAAGAUGAAUACUUUAUGUGCAUUAAAAGUUUAUUCUGAGUGAGGCUAUUUGUGUAUACUUUACUAAAAGGAAAUGUGUUGCUUUCACCUCAUGGUAUAAAAUAAACAAAUCAAAUAGUAUGUAAAUAGUAUGUAAAGCAUAACCUUUUGGUUAAAGGUACUGGUAAGGUUGCCUAAUAGCUUUAAUUUUAGUUUUACUUUAGUUAACUGUUAAUGUGAUUUUUUUUUUCUGAGAUUUCUUAAAAUGUCUCAAUUUUAAUUUUUUUUUAUUUUAUUUCAUACGCUUGCCCUGACAGCUUUCAGCUUUAAGACUUGAUACAAACAGUGAAUACCUGGUAAACCACAUUUUUGUAGGUAAUUUUAAAACUCUAUUUGCUAAUUUACUGUAUUUAUUCAGGUGCAAGCGGUCCUGAGCAUAUAGACAUUUUUUGCAUUACUUGUAUGAAGUGUUAUGCUAUACAAUAACACUUGAAAUCAAGCCACACACUAUUUCUUCCCAUUUUUCUAUAGCUUGCUUGACUUAGAAAAUACAAUUAGGCUUUAUUCUUAGACCCUAGAUUUUGAAUGUGAUGCAUAAACUUUUAGAGUAAUAGACAUACUUCAAAGUAAGAUAGUUUUUAAAAGCUCCAAUUGUGGUUAUUGUUUAGGUACCCUUUCCGAACUUUGCAAUUAAUUAAUAUUCUUGAAUACAUACUGACUAUUUAGUCUAUAGAAAAGAACAGUUAAGCUGUCUUUGUAGGGUUUUUGUUCAUUUGGUAGUAUUGUGUAAAGAAUGAUGCUUAAACUAGGCUAUAACACAGAUUAAACAGUCAAAGGGAGUUAAAAUUACUUCAGCCGAGACAUCUGGCUGUCAUGUUCCUACCCUGUCCAUGCUACCCACCCAAACCAUUUAACUUGACUUGCCUUGUGUGGCUUACAUGUGCACAACUGUUUUAUAUUUUGUACAGAAGGUACUCAGUGCUUACAAUGAAACACUGGUGCAUAGUGGAUCAUGACUCUAGUGCACUUUGCUUGUCUACCAGGGAUGGGGCAUCUACCACCUUUCUGGGCAACCUGUUCUAGUGUCUUACCACCCUAAUCAUAAAAAAACUCUUCCUUAUAGCUCACCUGAAUGUACCCUCUUUUAGUUUAAAACCAUUACCCCUUGUCCUAUUGUAACAUGCCCUCCUAAAAAGUUUGUCCCCAUCUUUCUUAUAGGCUUCCUUUACUGAAAGGCUGCAAUAAUGUCUCCCUGGAGCCUUCUCUUCUCCAGGCUGAACAACCCCAACUCUCAGCCUUUCCUCAUAAGAGAGGUGUUCCAUCCCUCUAAUCAUCUUUGUGGCCCUCCUUUAGACCUGUAUAUUUGGCUUUGAAACAUCUUCAUGAAAAUUGACAUUUCAAGACUAUGUAGUGAAUAUACAACUUAUUGGUUCAACUGUAAUUUUCCAAUUUGAUGUUAAAUUUAAUGUAUUUAAAAACCAUUGUGUAUACAUAAAUGGGAUUGACUAUUUGUUUAUUUUGGCAUGUUUUAAUAUAAUUGUUUAUAUUGCAAACAUGCAUGGAAGUCCUAUUCUCCUAAGUGCCAUACACAGACUGUUCCUGUGCUGCAGAGUUUAUAAUUCAGUACAAAUGGGUAUUGAAGGGUGAGGAAAGGUGAAAUCAAAUAUAUAUUAUUUAAUUUAACCAUUAUGUCAGAUACCUCCACCCACUUUUUAACUUAUCCAUUGCUGACAUAUUUCAAAUAUUUCAAAUAAAGUUAAACUAUGUUUUUGUAUAGCUCAGGAAAUCUGAGUUUUUAAAAACUGCUUGAGGGUGAAUAAAAAGGAUGAAGAGAUGUUUUGUGGUAGUAACCGUGUUUUUUGGGCACAACAUUCUUUUGUGUGUGACUCUUAAUGGCAUGUCGGAGUAUUUGGACCAAAUAGAAUAAAUAUGAAAUAACCACUAAAAUUUUCAGAUGAGUGAAUGAAAGAAAUUGCUUCCGAUCACUGUCAACAGAUUCUAGAUGUAGUUUUUGUGAUAUGUAUGUAUGCUUUUUAUUUCCCUUUAAAACUGAAAUUUUGCAACCAGAUCUCACCCAUUUUUACCUCAAAACUUUCAUGUGGCUACUUUAAAGUGCAUGAUUAUCAUAAUACAGGGAACGUUGUCCUCACUUAGACUACUGUAGUAGUAGGUCAUUGGAUGACAGUUGUGUACGACGUAAUUGUGUUCAGGAAGGUGGAGAAUUAAAUUCAAGACAGAGUCACAGAGUAUUCUGAGUUGGAAGGGAUCCACAAGGAUCAUUGGGUCCAACUCUUAAGUGGCCUCUACGGGGAUCAAACACAUGACCUUGGGGUUAUUAUUAGCACCAUGCUCUAACCAACUGAGCUAAUCUCAGUUUAAUUUUGGGGGAGUAAGUGAAAAAAUUUUCAUAAUAAUGAUUGGUUCUCUUGUGGAAACCAAUGGUAGAGAUGUUCAAAGAAAUUAGUAUUUGUUAAUCAAGAACUAUUAGUUCCUCUUAUAGAUAAUACCCUUGCUGAAUUUGUGAUUAUAAUUACUUGAGAAAACUUGGCACAGUUUGAUUUUACUUAGCUUGUGUGCUUAAAAAUAGUUUUCCAUCUGCCAGUUAUAUUUCUACCUCUAAUAAUAAUAAAAUAUUAUAUAUUUUACCUAAGCAUCUUAAUGUCUGCAUGAUUCUCCUACAAAAAAAGGUAACUAAUAAAUUAGUCAGUUUCACAAAUGAACUCAAAAUGGGAUUUGUUUAAUUGCGAGGGAAUUCAUUGCACUUCAGAUGACUGACAUGGUGGUUACUUGAUAAAAAUUUGACACAUUCAGUGUUACUUUGAAAUAAAUAAUAAUAAUAAUAAUGGCCAGUCUUCGCGAGCGAAGAUCCAGGGAAGGUCUUUACACCUUCCAGCCUGCGCAUUGGAUUUUUUAGGUGAGACACAGUGUGCGUGGAACUGAGCCCACCCUUUAAUCCUAAGGUUCAUCUGCCAGGGCCAAGCGAGCUUGGACGGUGGCAGCAAGGUCCUCAGGACGUAGAUGGAUUGCCUUUACAGGGCUAACGAGCUCCAUCUGCCCGGGGAGUGUCCCUGACCGGGAAUCAAACCCGGGCCUCGGCGGUGACAGCGCCGCGCCCUUACCACUAGAUCACCAGGGGCUCCUUUGAAAUAAAUAGUUGGUAGUGAUUUGUCAUGUAAUUGUUUAUGGCUGUAGUCUUUCUAAUUUGAGAAGAAUAUUUAGAUUUUUUUUUUUUAAUUAAGAUUUUUUUUUUUUAGACAAAAUGGUAGAUAGGGUAGAAAUGUCCAUGGAAGGAAAUUAUGCAUAUGUGAGAAGACUGUGCAAUAUGAGAUAAAAACACUGCUCCCUUUCCCAUUGAAGUAGCAAAAGAAAAAUGCAUUUGAUUUUUGAUAUCUAUGCUGGACAUAUUAGCAAUGUGUUUUAUAAAUUAAAUCUGAUAUGGAGCUUAGGAGGAAUAAUCGAUCAGAGCUGCCAAAGUACCAUAUGUGUGCUAAAUCAAACUGUCAUGUACAAAGUUGCUCUUACGUAUAGGUGUUCAUAUUGAAGUUAAACAAAUGCAGUACUAAGUUUGAUAUUUCUGUUAAAGGAAAUGUUCCAGUUAUGUACUAGUUAUGUGAUCUUUUAGCAAGAAAUUGAUUGUAAUUCUGAGAACUCAAAUGUCAUUUUGUUAACCAUGCGGUAUGUUUCAUGUUUUGUUUUGGUGGUAUCUACUGCAGAGAGGCCACUGGAAAUAUGCACCCUCCAACUCAUAAUUAUCUUAAUGUUCAAAUAAAAAAUCGUUAAAUGUCAUAUGUGUAAUAAUAGUUUGAACACUUGGAAAUAAAUGAAGACUUGUGUUGA